AUGGUGGAGAAGGUGCAUCAGAACAUUGAACAAAAACAUGUCGAUGAUAUUGAUGACGCAACAGUCCAUCAUCAAGAGAUCAAUGUGACUCAACAACAACAACAGCAAGUAGUAGUGGAUAGAGAUGAAAAUGGCGAGAACCACUACCACCACAGUCAUGAACGCAUAACAAUGAUGGAUCAGCAAUCGCCUUCCGACGACGGCCAUAAUAGCAUCAAUGAUAUUUGGUCGAUUACUACCUGUAAUAAGGAGAAUGAGAAGAAUAUCCAACUCGAAAAAGAAGAUGAAGUUGUUAAAGACAAUAAGAAUGGGUCGACACAAACAGCAACACGAUGGAAGAGAUUGAGAGAUCUAGUUGCAAGAGAUGAAACAAUCGAUCCACGCCAUUUUCCUGCAUCCAAAAAGCGACUAAUUAUGAUACAAAUGAUGUUUGCUGCAAUUGUGACACCCUUAUCGACAACUAUAUCGUUUCCAGCGCUUCCAGCUAUGCGAGAAGACCUCGAAACCACAGAAACAGCUAUCAACGCAGCUACUACUUCCAUCUUUGUUUUCUUUAACGCCUCGGUUCCUAUUAUUUGGGCCUCUUAUAGCGAUGUCUACGGGCGUCGUCGCGUCUACCUAAUCUCUAUACUUAUUGCAGUGAUAGGCAACGUUUGCUGUGCUCUCUCAAUAAAUAUUGCCAUGCUCAUUGUGUUUCGAAUCAUGAGUGCUGUUGGAAGCUGCUCGAUCCUAACUGUCGGCACGGGUAUUCUGUCAGAUAUAUAUGGACCAGGUGAGCGCGGUAAAGCGUAUUCCUGGUUUGUUUCAGCACCACUUGUCGUUCCUGCUAUCGCACCUGUCAUUGGCGGCUAUCUUACAGAAGGACUUGGCUGGCGAAGUACCUUUGCAUUGGUCGCUAUUUAUGCCUUUUGCAUUUGGAUUGUCAUGGUGUUUGCGUUACCCGAGUCACUCCGACGACCCGAGAUAUUUGAUUUACCAACGACGACAGCAACCAUGACAACGUUGACAACCGAAAAGAAAUCAAUUGAAGAACAGCCAGCAAAGUCGAAUGGGGCUGUAAAUACCACUGCGAUUUAUGGUUUCAGUGCUGGUAUUGUCGGUCUUUGUUAUUUGCCAGGUGCAUUGGGUGGCAUUGCCGGCAGCGGAAUAGCCGGUUCGAUUUCCGAUAAACUUUAUGCAUCCGAUGUUGCGAAAGGACGCAAAGCAUACCCGGAAAGACGGUUGCAUUAUCCACUCUUUGGCGCUUCUGUUGCUGUCCUUGUAGUUAGUAUUGUAGUUUAUGGAUGGUGCACAGGCAUGAACGUGCAUUUCGCUGUCGGGCUCGUCGCUCUGUUUUUUGCAUUCGCAAGCUUAAUUAUUCCAUCCAUCAUUCUCACUGUUUACCUUGUCGAGUGCUAUCCCAGAUUCAGCGCUUCUGCUGCAGCAUGUAAUAAUCUGAUCCGUUUCUGCAUGGGUGGUGUCGGUGCGCUCGUUGCUUCUGACCUCCAGCGCGUGAUGGGUAAUGGCCCACUUCUCAGUGCUUGCGCUGGCCUCAUAUUUCUCGGUCUUGGUCUGGUCGUGUGGACAAAGCAAGGUCGAGCCCGGUGGACAAGCACCCGUGAGCUGAACAGUAAUAAUAAUACUACUGGCACACAUUGA